UGGCUCCGCCUUCACUUCCGGGUUGGCCCGGCCCCAGCAGGAGCAGCCGGAGCGCGGCGUGGUGAGUGCGGAGCGGCGGGACGGCACGGCACGGCUUUCGGGGCGGCUCUCUGCCGGGUUUGGAAGAGCCCUCACUUUGGUCUUGAAUGCCUCCAAAGCUGAGGACGUAUUUGUUCCGCUGGCUUCAAAGGCAGAAGAAGUAGUGAAGAGUGGCACAGUUUUACGGAGCCUAAGGGAUCCCUGUACGUGAGUGAUCUAUGAAAUGGCAGAGAAUGGAACAGAUUGUGACCAGAGACGCAUAGGAAUGAGCAAAGAACAGCACAAUGGAAACUUCACAGAUUCCUCUUUGUUGAGUGAACGGAAGCGAAGGGACCGAGAAGAGAGGUUGAAUAUUGUCCUCUGGAGACAACCACUUGUUACCUUGCAGUAUUUUUUCCUGGAAACUCUAAUAAACUUGAAGGAAUGGACCAUAAAAUUGUGGCAUCGGCGAAGUAUCCUGGUGUCUUUUUUACUGAUGCUUGCAGUGCUUACAGCUACGUAUUAUGUUGAAGGAAGACAUCAGCAGUAUGUGCGGUACGUGGAGAAGAAGUUCUUCUGGUGUGCCUACUGGGUGGGAUUGGGCAUCCUGUCCUCUGUCGGACUUGGAACAGGUCUUCACACCUUUCUGCUCUAUUUGGGUCCACACAUAGCAUCAGUUACUCUUGCUGCCUAUGAAUGUAACUCUGUUAAUUUUCCUGAGCCUCCGUACCCGGAUCAGAUCAUCUGCCCUGAUGAGGAGGUGAGCGGCGGAUCCAUCUCUCUGUGGGCGAUCAUCUCAAAAGUCAGGCUGGAGGCCUGCAUGUGGGGUGCUGGCACAGCCAUCGGAGAACUGCCUCCGUAUUUUAUGGCGAGGGCAGCCCGACUCUCUGGUGCUGAACCUGAUGAUGAAGAGUACCAGGAAUUUGAGGAGAUGCUGGAACAUGCAGAGACUGCACAAGAUUUUGCUUCCCGGGCUAAGCUGGCUGUCCAGAACCUGGUACAGAAAGUUGGGUUCUUCGGCAUCUUGGCCUGCGCCUCCGUAAGUGCACUGCAGUGACAGAGGGGCUGUGAUCACACGUUGCAGGCUGACUGUGGCACAGUGAGGUUAACGCUCUGAGCUGUGUUUUGUUUGAGUCCAUAUGGAUCUUUGCAUCUUGUUUGCUAUUUGUGUUCUCUGUGCUGCGCAGGGAAAUGGGAUGGUUGUGGUAUGGCAAGUACAAUAGGAUGGAGAAACUCCAGUCCUAGAUUAGUACCAAACACAGUGAAUUCUGCAUGAAUGCACAGCUGACAGUAGUUACCCUUCCUUCAGCUUUACCUUUGGGCAUCAUGACGUUAGUUCUCCUGGCAAAAUAGUGCCUUUGGAAUAGCAACGUUUCCUUUUUAAUCCAUCAGAAGAGUACUGUGCCACAGAGGAUCUCCUCAGUUCCUGGGUGGCUUUUUUUAUAGAACAGCUCAUUCUGUAGUUUACCAUGGCAAAGGGAAACCUGCUAACAAGAGUUAGUUCACUCAGGAUGCAGGCAGCUUCUCACAGCAGGCUUAGAUGGAGCUGAGCUGAGGUUCCCACAACUGACCGAGUGUCAAAUGCAUGCUGCAGCUCCCUGCUCUGUUGGUGGGUGUCUGGCAGAUCAGAUCGUGUGCCCCUGACAGCUCUCCUGUUAUGACUUUCCCAACCCAGAUUACUAGCUGGCAAGUAACAGCAAGAGCUAUAUUGUUACCUGUCGUUUCCUCUGGAAUUGUUACCAGCAGUUUCUGCUGGAAUUGCUGUACCUACACUUACAGUUUCUGCUAUUUCUUCAGAUGUUUGUGUCGUGUGGCUUGACAUUUUCAGAUUCAAAGAUAGACACCAACUGAAAGUGACCUGUACAAACCCUGACAUAGUAGUUCUCAUAAAUCUGCUCAGGAGGUGUCAGUGGGUUAUUAGGAGCCGGGAGGAACAGAAGGCAGCAGACAGUUUCAGCCAUGGCUAUCUGAGUUGCUCAUCGAUUUCUUUCUCUAAGACAGACAUGGUAUAAGCAUUUCCACUGAUGCUAUUUUGGUGCUUGAAGUAGGCUAAUACUGUUCUUUUGAGUUACUGUCUGAGGUUUAAAUCUCUCUGGAAGCUCGAAGAGAAUGAGUAGAAAUGAUGUGCCUUACUCUCCAAUCCCACACACAAACGCAGAGAAAUGUGAUUACUGCAAAGAGGGGAAUUGUUAGGUCCCCUAUGAUCCCAUUCUUCUGGAAUAACCACAGCCAUUAGCCAGCUGCUCAGCUGAUGAGGUAUUAAUUCCACACUUGUCUAGCAUCCCUCUCAGUUUCCUAAAUUGUAGAGAUGACAAUGUUAGCUGUUUGUUCAAAUGUAAGUAACCUGUGUUAGCUGGAAAGAAUUAAGCUGAUUACAGCCGCUGGCACACAACUUGUGUUUACUAAUCUUUUGAACUGCCUUAAUAUUUAGAGUGGAGAUGUAGGUUACAAGCUGUUCCUUAAGUCUUUCCGUCCAGUGAGCUGUGAGGCUGCUCCUGCACUCUGACUCACUGCUCUGCAGUCACCAUCUUGUGAGCCAUCCCCUCGUCUGUCUGUCUUGUGUAACGAGAGCAGCUUGUGGUCAGCAGGAUGAGUUCCUGGGGGAGCUGGGCGAGGUGGAAUGUGGACAAAUAGGGAACGUGAGGAAGGGAUUGCUAGAUGGGAGAGGUGAUGUGUAAGCUAAGCUCUCCAUAGUUCCUGCUUAGUGAUAAACAUUUGCUUAACUUCUUCCCUACUUGGUGCACUGUUCCUCCGUGUGCUCCGAGCUCCAGCUUCCUUCUGCUUAUAUGCAGCCUGCCCUGGGCUGGGGGAGGGAUGGGAAGUCGUGGAUCCACCACAGUGCACUUGAGGACUUGUAAACGUUGGUUGCAGAAUAAAUGCAGAGCAGCAGCAAGCAGAGAGGUGAAGUGUGGGAGGAGGCGUUAAAAAAAGCAUAGGGAUUCCAAGCUGUAAUGGCUUCUAAAUGCUACAUAAAAACACAAUCAAAUGGAGUUUAAAACUUUGCAAAUGUAUGCAGUGAAGUCAACUGAGUGUAACGUGCAGUGGCAAUAGGAAAAGCAUAUUAUUGUCUUAAGGCCUAAUUGCUAUGUAAAGGCAGCUCUGAGAAAGGAAUGGAGCAAGGAAGAGAUUCUUGCUGUGGUUGGUGGGAAUUUGUGAGCGUGCCCUCCUGUCUCUGUGGGCGUUUUUGGCACUUCUCAGUACUGCACAUGUGUGUGUUUAAAA